AUGAACUCCCAGAGCUUCCCCGAGCCCGGGACAAACGCAUCUCCCGGGAAGAAAAGCAGGCUCUCGCCUAGGCACGGGGUGACACAGCCUGCGUUGGAGAUAUUUGGUGCACAUUGUAAACAAUGACUUCAACUUUCCGACGCCGAUCCCCCCGCAGAGCAGUGCAGAAUAACGCCACUGCACGCAGGAUGUGAUGUCACGGAGAUGCACAGAACACUCGUUCAAUAAACAUUUACUAAGCAUCUACUUCGUGCCAUCACUAAGCUAGCAGAUUUUUAA